AUAGAUCAGAAGUGUUGCUCGUUGUUUGCCAUUGGUGAAGCGUCUUCAUUAGUCAAAAAGCGUGGGCGGGACUCUUGCUCUCUGCAGCGAGUCAAAGUGAAAGGCAAUAAAGAGAAGCAGUGGCUGCACUUUGCCGACGAGCAUCCCCGCCGUCCUGCCUCACCACAGUGAUCACAGUCCCCCCUUCUCACUGCGCACAGAAACACUGGGACUCCUCAGACAGCAGCCAGAGUUCAUCAAUGCAACUCCGGUCAGCCACAAACUGCGCCGUUUAAGCCGGAUAGGUCCGUCCUGUGAGACAGCAGAGCAGAGAGACAGAAGGAGAGCCCGAGUGGAGUGUUGGCGGAGCGUUGUGAAGGAGAAGAUGAUUGUCCAGCAGCACCUGAUCUUCAUCCUCUGCAGCCUGUGUCCCGGCGUUUUCAAAGUUGCUGGGACAAAAAGCAAAGCAAAAGGUGGCAUGGGUCAGUUCCCCAUCACUCAGAAUGUGACGGUGGUGGAGGGGGGCUCAGCUAACAUGACCUGCCGUGUGGAUUACAAUGAUAACACUUCCCUCCAGUGGUCAAACCCUGCACAACAAACGCUUUUCUUUGGGGACAAGAAAGCUCUGAGGGAUCACAGAAUCGAGCUGCUGCGAGCCACGUCACAGGAGCUCACCAUCAGAAUUGGCGACGUCAGCCUGUCAGAUGAAGGACUGUACACCUGCUCGCUCUUCACCAUGCCUGUCAAGACGACCAAGGCCUUCCUCACUGUUCUGGGGGUGCCACGGCGACCGGAAAUCACCGGAUUCACCACACCAGCCAUGGAGGGAGAAGAAAUCACACUGACAUGCAGCACGACAGGCAGCAAACCAGCUGCCAACAUCCGGUGGUUCCGAAAUGACAAGGAGGUCCAAGGCACUCGGGAGGUGAAUGCAACCGGAAAGUCAUUUACCGUGAAGAGCAGCCUCAAGUUCUUAGUGGACAGACGAGACGAUGGCGUGGCCUACACCUGCGGCGUGGAGCAUGUGUCUCUGUCCAGCCCCUACACAACAACAGAAGUCCUGGAGAUCCACUACGCUCCCCAUGUGGAGAUCACACAUUCACUGAUUAUCCCACAGGAAGGACAAUACUUUAAAUUGGAGUGUGUUUCCAAAGGCAACCCAAGACCUGAACCAGUGUUGUGGUUCAAAGACGGAGGAGACUUGCCCGACAUUGAGCGGAUGAUUGUGGAGGGAAGAGAACUUACCAUCACCACACUGAACAAGACAGACAACGGCACAUACCGCUGUGAGGCCAGUAACCACGUGGGGACCAGCUCGGCUGAAUACACCCUGUUUGUUUAUGCCAAAGACUUUCCAGGCCCCACAUCAGUCCGUCUCUUUCUUGCAGACCCAAAUGCUUUAGGGCAGCACGGACCCGACCACGCUUUGAUUGGUGGUGUCGUUGCAGUCGUGGUCUUCAUCACCUUGUGUCUGAUAAUAGUUCUUGGACGAUAUCUGGCGAGACAUAAAGGAACGUAUCUAACGCACGAGGCCAAAGGAGCAGAAGACGCCCCCGAUGCCGACACGGCUAUCAUCAACGCUGAGGGAAACCAUGUGCACGCAGAGGAAAAGAAAGAGUAUUUCAUUUAGACUUGCUGCCCUUUUUCCUUCGUUCCAACUUUCGACAGCAGACAUGCAAUUUUAAGCUGCCUCAGCAUCACAACAUUCUAUUUCGCUGUUGUUUUUUUUUGUUUUUUUCUCCAGCUUUCUGCUUAUUCUUAAAGCAUUCAACGACAAGAUAGCUUUCUCCUUUUGUAAUUGAUACAAACCACAUACCAUUGGACUACAUCUGUUUCUAUUUUUGGUGCCUAAAUUCGCUUCUUCUUCUCACUGACUCUUUUUGGUGGAUUUUUUUUUUUUUUUUUUUUCAUCUUUCCGAAACAACAAAUGUGCUUCGUAUCAACGCGUAGUCAGGUUUUAAAAGCAGUUUGUGUGAAAUGCAUCAAAAAUGAUCUUUUAGCAGCUUGGAAACCGAUGUCUUUGAUAAUACACCAUUUAUCAUACAUUUUUGGAAAAAUUUGGAAGCACAAUCUUUGCGAUUGUCCUGAGAUGAAACCAAUUCCCAUUUUCCAACUGUAUAUUCUCUUUUCUUUUCCUAACUGUUGCCCCCGAAUGUUGUUUUCUACCGAUAGAAAAGUUAGAAAAUUAAAGCACAAAGUCUGAGGACUAACAUUGAGGGGAACCACAGCAACCAUUUCUUGUCUCAGGAUUCAAUAUGAGUCUAAACGGAGAGAUAGAGUGACAAGGAUUUCAGUCCCUGUCAUGGAUGGGGAACUUUGAUUUUGUUGACUACUUGAUGUAAGAUCCAAACCGAAUGACUGGAACUCUCCAUGGGUUCAUUAUUUAUGUUGAAUUUUAUUGAAAAACUAUGCUUAAUGUGUUGAUAUUGCUGUAAAAAACGUUGCUUAUGUGAACACUGGUGAUCAAUAUUGUUGAAUCUUUGAAUCCCUGACACAUUUCAGUUUGUAUAUUAGCUUAUUCUGUAUUUAAUACAUUCAAAUAUUCAUUUUCAUAUCCCAGUUUAAUUUUUUUGGCAACAAUAUAUUUAAAUAUAUAAGUUCAGGAAAUGAAAAAAGAACUGUAACUUUUAAUUACAUAUCAUAUCUGUCUUAUUUUGAAAAUCUUCAUACAUUUGAAGAUUCCUUCAAAUGGGGGUUCUAACUUAAAAAGGCGAAAAAGCAAACAAAAAAUAUGACUAAAUAAAUGUAUUAAUCAUUAUGACAUUUAUGCCAUCAUGAUAUAUUGAUUGUUAUCGUUGUUAAUACUAAAGUAGUAGUUUUCCAUUUUUUUUUUAAUUCUGUAUCCCAUCAAUAAAAAAGAGAACAACACAGUUCAAGGAUCACCGUUAUGGCCUUUGAGUUUGCUGCAAACAGUCCUGACAUGUUGAGGCAUUGGUGAAUCAGACAUCCCACCACUGUAUAUAAUCACUGUAUCAAAGACUUUGAACCACAUUGCCAAUGCUCAUACAUGUUACUUUGUUAGUUCAGUAUGAUGCUAUAAAUAACUCAUUUUGUACAAAGGUUUAAUUGCUGUAAUUAAGUUGCUUUUUAUGGAGGAUGUGUGACAUUUUUUCUCAGUAUUGAAUAUUCAUUUUUCAACUAUGCCACUGUAAAAAAAAGAAAAAAAGUUCAGAUUAAAAUACUAAUGACUUGAAAACUC